GCCCGCCGGGGAGACUCCCCCGCCCGGGGCCCGCCCCGGCUCCGGCUGAGGCGGCGGCGGAGCGCGGCGGGGCCGCCCGGCCAUGGAGCGCUACGAGAAGCUGGGCAAGGUCGGGGAGGGCUCCUACGGCGUCGUCUUUAAGUGCCGCAACAAAGACACGGGGCAGAUUGUGGCCAUCAAGAAGUUCCUGGAGUCCGAGGAGGACCCGGUGAUCCGGAAGAUCGCCCUGAGGGAGAUCCGCAUGCUCAAGCAACUCAAACACCCCAACCUGGUGAACCUGCUGGAGGUGUUCAGGAGGAAGCGGCGGCUGCACCUGGUGUUGGAGUACUGCGAGCACACCGUGCUGCAGGAGCUGGACAAGCACCCCCGCGGGGUGCCAGAGUACCUGGUGAAGAGCAUAACCUGGCAGACCCUGCAGGCUGUGAACUUCUGCCAUAAACACAAUUGCAUCCACCGGGAUGUAAAGCCAGAGAAUAUCCUGAUAACAAAGCACUCGGUCAUCAAACUCUGUGACUUCGGAUUUGCUCGGAUACUGACUGGUCCCAGUGACUACUACACCGACUACGUGGCCACCAGGUGGUACCGCUCCCCGGAGCUGCUGGUGGGGGACACCCAGUACGGCCCCCCCGUGGACGUGUGGGCCAUCGGCUGCGUCUUCGCCGAGCUGCUCUCGGGGCUGCCGCUGUGGCCGGGCAAGUCGGACGUGGACCAGCUGUACCUCAUCCGCAGAACCCUGGGGGAUCUCAUUCCCAGGCACCAGCAAGUGUUCAGCACCAACCAGUUCUUCAGUGGGGUAAGAAUUCCAGACCCAGAGAGCAUGGAGCCAUUGGAAGUGAAAUUCCCCAAUAUUUCAUACUCUGCACUGGCUCUCAUGAAGGGCUGCCUUCGGAUGGACCCUGCGGAGAGGCAGAGCUGUGAGCAGCUGCUGCAGCACCCCUACUUUGACAGCUUCAGGGCAGCAGCAGAGCUGGGCAAAGAACACGAGAAGGGCUCUCGGAAAGCAGCCAGGCUGCCUCGGAAGCACAUGCCAGGGUUACAGCACCUGCCUCAGUUGACCUGCAGCAACGUUCUCCCAGCUUUGGACAGCAAGAAGAACUGCUGCAAGACAAGGAAAUCAAAGUACCACUUCCCAAACAUCUGACCAGGUGGCACAUCAAAACUCAGUUGUUCAAAGUCAUCCAGGACUUAUAAAUGGAGGAUACACAGUGGAAACCUAAAUUACUAAAAGUUAUGGCAUGUACAGAGUGAUCUGUCCUCUGGGUCACUGAUGGAGAGGAAGUGAUGCAGAAAGAACUCCAAGCUCAUCUUAGUGCUCUGUGUACAAAGGCAAAUGCAUUCUGCUUUAAUUCCUGAUUGCCUCCUGGUUCAGGAUUACCCCCACCCAGUGCUUACAGGAUGAAAUUUAAAGCUCUGUCUCCUGCAUUUCAGACUUGGCAGGAGAACUCCACCUUGCCAAAUACACGAGUCCCUGCUCUGUGAGGAGCUGUGCCUGUGCUGCUCAAGGGCUGAAGAUGUGCUGGGACAGCCCAGGCUGGGAGGGGCUGCCUGGCUGCCCCAGGGCGGUCCCAGCUCCACACGGGCUCACUCCUGCCCUUACAGAGCUCAAAGGCCUCAAAGUGCUGCUGGGGAAUUCACAGGCUCCAGACACCAGGAGAACAGAGCAACAACAUCCCUGCCGUGUCUUUAGUCUUUCCAGAGCUUCUCCUGAAAGUUUUAUCCUUGAAUUCUGCUGCUGACAAGAGUGAGGGCACUUGCUUGUAGUUACAAAAAUGAUUUUAUCAAAACUAAUCAUGAAUGUAAUUUAUAACAAUGGCCAGACACAGGCAGGAAUUCUACCUAAGUGUUUGUAUUAGAAUGACUGGGGUUUGUGGAAUCUCAGAAUAUAAUAUUGUGAUGAUUUUGAAUAAAAGAAAUGUAGCUUUUUCCAA